AUGAUGAAUUCUCUGUGUGGAAGCAUUGGGUCCAACAAGAGUACUACCGAUCAAAGCAGCAGCAAACAACAGCUUCCUCAACCUACUUCCUCUAACGAAUCUGUUUCAGCAAAAAUCGAGCAAACCGGCCUCAUGCCGCCUAGCCUCGACUUCCCGGCUCCAAAAUUCGAAAUUGAUGGCGAUGUCGAGAUUCAGUCGCCUGACAACUCGGUAUGGGAUUCGUUGUUUGCAGACCAACUCGAUUGCGAUUUCAUGAUCUCGUCCCCUGCUCGGAGCUUACCGUCGCCUCAAAACUUGAAUUUCAGCUAUUAUAACUACAACUAUGGGCAAUCAAUAAUGAUGCAAUGUUCUCCACCAAGGAAUUGCUCUCAAGUUGGAGCUUCAAGUAGUGUUCAAAAAGGAAAAGGACUUAGCCCACUUCACAAAGUCUUUAAUUCUCCAAGCAAUCAAUAUAUGCAAGCAAUAGAGGGAAAUUCUUCUUCUUCAAUCCCAACCAUUGGAGAAUUAUUGGAAAAUUAUCAAGAAGAAGGAUUUGAAACAUAUCAAAACAUGCCCAAGAUUUCAAGUGGUAUUGGAGAAUCAUUGCAAUAUUAUGAUAUAUCAACUUCUUCUCUUCCACCUAUUAUUUUUGAGGAUUUGGCUCUUCCAAACUCUUCAAAUAUUAUUUGUGGCUCAAACCAAGAAUCAUCAACAGUUGAGAGGGAAUUCUAUAAUCAUAUUGGCUCUAAUAUUACAACUACCUCAUUGCCACAACAACAACAAGAUGAUCAAGAUCAACAAGGAAAUCCGCCACACCUUCCGCCAAGAUUGACGCCACUGCCGAAGCAGCCGCAAAGUCAGCUCAACCAUAGCUUGAUGGCACCUCUUCCUGUUGGAUCUGAGCAGGAACAAGAUAGUGGACUUCAACUGGUGCACCUCCUUCUUGCAUGUGCAGAAGCAGUGGCAAAAGAAGAUUACAUGUUAGCAAGAAGAUAUCUUCAUCAUCUCAACAGAGUUGUAACUCCAAUUGGUGAUUCCAUGCAAAGAGUUGCUUCUUGUUUCACUGAAGCCUUAACUGCUCGUCUUGCUGCAACUCUCACUACCUCAAAACCCUCUUCUUCAAUCCCUCCAUUCCCUCAAAACUCCCUUGAAAUCCUCAAGAUUUAUCAAAUCGUUUAUCAAGCUUGCCCUUAUGUCAAAUUUGCUCAUUUCACCGCUAAUCAAGCCAUCUUUGAAGCUUUUGAAGCUGAAGAACGUGUCCAUGUCAUUGACCUUGAUAUUCUCCAAGGCUAUCAAUGGCCAGCCUUCAUGCAAGCCCUAGCAGCUCGCCCCGGAGGCUCCCCGUUCCUCCGAAUCACCGGUGUUGGCCCUGCCAUCGACGCCGUACGAGAAACCGGCCGUUGCUUAACCGAGCUUGCUCAUUCUCUCGACGUCCCUUUUGAAUUCCAUGCAAUUGGAGAACAACUUGAAGCCUUAAAGCCAAACAUGUUCAACCGUCGUGUCGGUGAGGCUCUAGCAGUUAAUGCCGUGAACCGUCUCCACCGUGUCCCCGGGAAGAGUCUUGGGAAUUUACUUGGAAUGAUCCGAGAUCAGGCUCCAAAUAUCGUAACCCUAGUUGAACAAGAAGCAAGCCAUAACGGACCGUACUUCUUGGGGAGGUUCCUCGAAGCUUUACACUAUUACUCCGCUAUUUUCGACUCACUCGAUGCAACAUUUCCACCGGACUCGGCACAGCGGGCGAAGGUUGAGCAGUAUAUAUUUGCACCGGAGAUAAGAAACAUCGUUGCUUGUGAAGGACCGGAGCGAAUCGAACGACAUGAGAGGCUCGAGAAAUGGAGGAAAUUAAUGGAAGCAAAGGGUUUUAAAGGAGUGGCAUUGAGUAGUAAUGCAGUGACACAGUCAAAAAUAUUGCUUGGUUUGUAUUCAUGUGAUGGAUAUAGGUUGACUGAGGACAAAGGAUGCUUGUUGUUGGGGUGGCAAGAUAGAGCUCUUAUUGCAGCUUCUGCAUGGAGAUGCUGA